AUGCCUAGACAAGGUAAUGGGCGGCACCGAGGAGUUGUUCCACGACAGACUCUAUUCAGCUUUCGACAGCGCUGGCAUGCAUCCGGUACCCAUUUUCUUAAAGGUAGCCGAGGGCAGCGGCACCCUCUUGCGAUCUCCUCUGUGAAAGGGUCUCUCCACCAAAGUGCGGCAGCGGCGGCGUGGAUAAACGCAGCAGGCAGGUCCCUGCUCGAACAAGAUCAUUUGCACAACAGUCGCUCAAGUCACUGGGCCGGAAAAGAUCUGAUCGUCGCCAGCAUUGCGGGCUACGAAGCGGGGUGCCAGAUAGGAGAGUACCUCAGGCGGUCUCACUAUCGAUAUUUUCAUAUGCCUGCCACGGUCGGCACACUGGCUGCGGCGAUUGCUGUUGGUGCAUGGCUCGGUAUCAACACCAGAGAUAAAGUAGCUUGUUUAUUUGGGAACGCAAGACAAUGGCCGCAGGUUUGUGGUAAUUCAGGGCUGAGAGCGCCUACUCCAAGCAACUACAUGCAGCAAAAGCGGCUUCGGAUGGUGUGCGUACACAACAUCCUCGAGGGGAAUAUGGGUACGGCAGCGGGUAUGUCUGCACGCGACGAGCAGCAGCAUCAGAACUAUCGUCCAUGUUCAGAGACUGGACCCAAAGUCGCUGAACGGACGAUUGAGCAGCCGCUGGACUACGAUCGAGACCUCGUACAAGUGGCAUACCUGCUGUAG